AUGAAGGAAUACUUGCCCCCAGUUGGUCCGACACCAUUACAUGUGAACCCUAUCUUUGAGAUCGGUCCUGUUGAGCCACGUUUCUCGGAGUGGUUAGUGUUUGAGGGCAUAAGUGUGGAUGAAUCUGGGAAGCAGCAUUUCCUUGAUGCAUCUGUUGCUUACAAGCGUGCAGUCCUGAAUGCCAUUGAGUACCUUUCCAGAUUUGGGUACUCGUAG